AUGGCAUCGUACAAUGACAUGAAGCGACAUAAAGUGAACCAGUCAAUUCUUGUGAGUGGUGAAUCAGGUGCUGGGAAGACAGAGACUACAAAGAUUCUUAUGAAUCAUUUAGCUUCUAUUGCUGGAGGACUCAAUGAUUAUACGAUCAAGAAGAUUAUUGAAGUAAAUCCAUUGCUCGAGUCAUUUGGUAAUGCCAAGACAGUGAGAAAUGACAAUAGUAGUCGAUUUGGUAAAUUCACACAGCUCCAAUUUGAUAGUGCUGGUAUUUUAGUAGGAGCAAGAUGCAGGACGUAUUUGCUGGAAAAGACCCGUGUAAUUUCUCACGAAGAAAUGGAGCGAAACUACCACAUUUUCUAUCAGCUUCUAGCUGCAAAUGAUAGUAAGGAACGGUGGUUCUUGGAGGACGUGAACAAGUGUUAUGCUUAUACGGGUGCAAACAAAACCAUUAAAAUUGAGGGCAUGUCGGACAGCAAACACUUUGAACGCACGAAAACGGCACUUGGACUUAUUGGUGUCACGAAGGAGCAGCAACAAGUGCUUUUUGAGGUGCUUGCAGGCGUGAUACACCUUGGCCAGUUAGAAAUUCAGUCAAAAAAUAAUAACGAAGAGUCAGAAAUUGUGCCCGACAAUCAAGGGGCGAAAAACGCGACCAAACUGUUGGGUAUUUCAACCGAAAAUUUGGAGAAAGCUUUGUGCUCCCGGCAGAUUGCAGUCGCUGGGGAUAAGGUUACUGCCUUUCUGAAGAAAGAUCAAGCAGAGGAGUGUAUUGGCGCACUCUCUAAGGCGAUUUACUCCAACGUCUUCGAUUGGCUAGUAGAAACGAUCAACACGUCCCUGGAGAAUGAUAAGAAGAUGCGCUACCAUGUAGGUAUUCUCGAUAUCUUCGGCUUUGAGCACUUUAAGCAUAAUUCUUUUGAGCAAUUUUGCAUCAAUUACGCGAACGAGAAAAUUCAGCAGAAGUUCACUCAGGACGUCUUCAAAACCGUGCAGAUUGAGUACGAAGCCGAAGGUAUCGUCUGGAGUCAUAUUAACUUUGCAGAUAAUCAAGAUGUCAUUUCGGUGAUUGAAGACCGUCUCGGUAUUAUUUCGCUGCUUAAUGAUGAAGUGAUGCGCCCCAAGGGUAAUGACGAGUCGCUCGUUUCUAAGCUUUCGACCAUCCACAAAGACGAGCUGGACGUUAUUGUGUUUCCUCGCACAUCGCGUACGCAAUUUACUAUUAAGCACUACGCUGGCACAGUUACGUACGAAUCACUAGGUUUCCUUGAGAAGCACAAAGAUGCUCUUCUUCCUGAUCUGUCCAACUUGAUGCGAGGAUCCUCGAAACAGUUUCUCCGGACGAUAUUUGUCGAAAAGGUUGGCAGUCCGGUCAUGUCACGAAAAAAAGCAACAGUAAUGCUCGAGGUAGUCGAGUUACAAAAGGUGCUCUGGCGGUGGCAAAUGUUGGCACCCAAUUUAAGGACAACCUUAACGAGCUCAUGA